AUGGGGGCGCCCGGGACUCGGGGGAGCCGGGCAGGAAGGCGGAGGGGGCGGAUCAUCGUGAUCCCGGACCCGCAGACAUGGAGAGCGUUGCGAUCAUCGGCAGCGGACUCAUUGGUCGCAGCUGGGCCAUGGUAUUUGCUGCUGGAGGCUUCAAAGUGAAACUUUAUGAUAUUGCACAACAACAGCUAACAAGUGCACUGGAAAACAUUCGCAAACAAAUGCAAGAGCUGGAGGAGUCGGGAUUCCUGAAAGGAUCUUUGAGUGCGGAGCAGCAGCUGGCUCUCAUUAGCACCUGUACAGACCUGAAGGCAGCAGUAGAGGGUGCUACUUUCAUUCAGGAAUGUACGCCGGAGAAACUGGAACUGAAAAAGAAGGUUUUCAGUCAGUUGGAUCUUAUUGUUGGUGACAACGUUAUCUUGAGCAGCUCGACCUCUUGCCUCUUACCCAGCAAAUUGUUCACUGGCCUUAAGCAUGUUAAGCAGUGCAUUGUAUCACAUCCUGUAAAUCCACCUUACUUUGUACCAUUGGUUGAAAUUGUUCCUCAUCCAGAAACAGAUCCUUUUACUACAGAGAGAACAUAUGCCCUGAUGAAGAAGAUUGGUCAAUCUCCUGUCAAACUAAAUGGAGAAAUUGAGGGGUUUGUUCUGAAUCGGCUCCAGUAUGCAGUGAUAAGUGAAGCAUGGAGACUUGUGGGCGAGGGAGUAAUAUCUCCUACUGAUCUAGACCUUGUGAUGUCUGAUGGACUGGGAAUGCGAUAUGCGUUUAUUGGACCCCUGGAAACUAUGCAUCUUAAUGCAGAAGGUUUUACAAAUUAUUGUGAAAGAUACCGUCAAGGUAUGAGACUUGUUCUGAACACCUUUGGACCAGUUCCAGAAUUUUCAGGUGAAGUUGAGCAGAAAAUCAGUCAGGCAAUGUCUGAAAAAAUUCCAGUUGUUCCAAAAGCCUUGGAUUCCAGGAGAAAAUGGAGAGAUGAAUGUCUCGCUGGCCUUGCCAAACUCAAAAAGCAAUUGAAAUCUGACUGAGGUGCACCUUGUCCAACAGGAGAGACCAAAUGAAGAGCAGAUCUUCAUAAAAAGUGCAAAUUUUGGUCAUGUAGAAGAAAAUACUGAAUGUACAACCAGCAAUAUGCACAAAUUUAGAGACCAAUGAAACAUUUGGUCCAAAUUUGUUGUGAUGUAAUUCAGGAAUAACUGGAAACAGUUGUUAAAAAGUUCAGUUAAGAUUUAUCAAAUUAUUAUAUAUGUGCAUGAGAUGUGUAAGCAUUAAUUAGCUUUAGCAAUAUUAAUAUUGCGCAAUGCUGGAACACAAUCAUUUUUUAAAUAAUGCAUUUUUCAGCUUGCUUAGAAAUUCAGCACUUGAACAAUAUUUGCUUAUGCGGGGGUCUGAAAUAGGCAAACAUCAGCUGUUUGUCACUGGAGAAAAUAAGCCCUCACCCACCGAUCACUGUGAUAGCGAGGUUAAAGUGUAAAGCACUGCCUGUAGAUAGGAGAAGGCUGUGUUAAGUGAAGAGUAGAUUCACUGGCUGGUGAGCUGAGACCUCAAUGGCAGUAACAGUCACUUCAGGUUAGCUCUGUAACUGUUGCGUGGUGUAGGGGAAAGAAUUACUCCUCCUUUCCCUCCCUUUACCUCUUAGGUACCUAUAUGAUGUUCUAAAUGUGAGUAAAAAGAGGAGAAUUCCCUCUUCGUCCUUCACCCCUCAUUCUCUUAAGACUUACCAGAGACCUACUUGGUCUUCAAGGCUCUGCACUUGAUAUCCAUGGCUUUGCCCUCAGCUUAAGUCAGGUGUUUGAUGCUGGUCAUCGGCAUUGCUGCAUAAAUGUGUGCCCCAUUUGAAGAUUUGUCUAUGAGAAAUAUGAGAUUUUGAUUUAAUAGUUAGUUUGGGAGAUAAUGUGGUGUAGUGGAUAGAUCUGGACUCUCUCUCCCAGGCUACCCCACGAGUGUCUGAGUCGUCUUGGGAAGCCAGUUCACCCCUCUGUUGCCAUGUCUGUUUUGUACACUAUCUGAAGGAAGGAGUGGUUCUUUAGCACUUAGACAGCUGAAAAGACCCCAACUAUGUGCUUUUCUGCUCUCCUACAGAGGGAGAGAUGCUGUGGCUUAGAGCUAGCGUUUAUGCUUUUCUGCUGCCCUUCCUACAGGAGACACAACAUCUGUGUAUGGGCAGAGUAUACACCUGGAAGUAGUAAUAUCCUCAGCUGCUGCAGUGGCACGGUGCAGUCCACAGCAGGCAAAGCGUGUGUAAAAUGAACAUAUGUACCCUAUAAUAUAGUUGGACUUUGAUCUUAGAUGAAACCUUGGGGCAGGAACCUUUAUUGUUAUGCAGAGAGUAAGGAUAACUUCAAACAGUGAAUUGCACCCACACUGCUUGAGGUUAGCAUUUCUGAAUUUGUGUGAGCCGGUCAUGUAGUCACAGCACACGUGCGCAAGUGUUAAGCUGCCACUUUGCUAAUGUUAAGCUCAGAGGCAUUUCAAAUCUUGUUUUCUUACACAGGGUGCAGCACACAAACAAGUUACUGAAACUUAAUCAGUUGCCAUUCUGAGCUGAACAGCAUUAAUGUCUGUGUGAACAUAGCAAUGCCACUUAUUUCUGCUUGGGUCCCAGUAAAAGAGACGUAAGAUGAAGUAAGAUGAAUUGUAUCACUUGACGUAAGUGGUGGGCCAAGAACGUAUCUCUGGAUGCGAAACAUGGGCUGACAGACAUACAGCUGAUGUUGUCCCGUAGUCCUUUAUUGUCAGUGGAGAGAAAGGAAAAACUGUAAGCUAAAUUUAUUUUAUCCCAACAUAGAUCUAAAAUUGUUAUGUUUCUUCAUCGCUUUUUGUUGCUGCAGCAACUUCCUCAGCCUGCAUUUAGACAUCUGAAAUUGGGGAGGUCAGUUCUCACACCUGAUGCCUUAUUAUACAAUGGUAAAAUGAUUAUUAUUGGGCAGCCUGAUCUAGUGGGAUGUCCCUGCCCAUAGCAGGGGGGUUGGAACUAAAUGAUCUUUAAGGUCCCUUCCAACCCAAACUAUUCUGUGAUUCUAUGAUUCUAUGGUUCUAUGAUUAGGGGGGCAAUUUCCUUGUAUUGUGUAUGUUUUUAUAUUUCAGACAAGGCCAUAGAAGGUUCCAAUUACUGUCAAGAUUUUUCUAUGAGUAUAUGACGUUGUCAUAACUAAUCAGCUUGCAUUGCUUCUGUUUAUUCUGAGAUAUUUUAAAACUCAAUCAUGUCACUAAAUAUUUGCCUCCAUCUUUAUUACUUGCUUGUGAAUAAAAUAUUUUAAUGAGGAAGAUAUUAACUUCUGUGUUCCAGUGUGAUGCCAUAGUGGUAGCACCACAUAAUAGGUCUUUAGAAACCAGUGUCCUGAUAGAAUAAUUUGUGGAAGUCAGUGGAUGUAAAUAGACAAACAGACAAGAAGUAAAGAGCACUCUCCUCUAGCUGAUGUGUUGGUGGCCAGUUGCUGCAGACAUGGGGCCUUGCCAUGAGGGAGUGGCUUUCUUGGGUCGGGGGAAAGCACUCUGGAGAGUGCCAGAGCACAUCUGUGUGGCAAGCAGCUCCUUCACAAGGUCUGGCAUAGAGCAAAGCUCGCCAUGGAGCAUCAGUUCCUGCUCAGGUUCACAGCUGACAAAGAAUAUAUUUUAGCUGACAUUUGCUUAGCAUUUGAAGCACACAAAAAUACUGGUUGGUAAAUGCAACAACUGGAAAGCAUUAGGAGAAGGUAGCUAAUGGAAUGAGACGGACUGUCCUCAUCCCAGGGACCUGUACCCUGCUCACUAUUAAUUCUCUGCACUGAUCAGUUUUAGACUGUGUCUGAAUCCUGCGCUCAGCUUAGGGCUCCCAGUACAAGACAGACAUUGGACAAAUGAUAGGGGAGUCUCCCAAGAUAAUGAGACUGGAGGAGCUGGGCUUGUCCUGUCUUUUUUGCACUGUGGUUUUCUGUUUUCUGUUUGUGGUUUUAAGUUUGAUG